GCCCAGGACAUCCCUAUUCUAGAUAUGCAAACACUCCUUGAACUCAGAACAUCAAAGCUACCUUUGUACCAUUCAUGGAUCUGUCGUCAUACCUAGGCGGCCCUGGAUUCGUCCGUUAGAACGCCGUCACGACUCGCGACAGACGGGAAAGCGGGAGUCUCUGAAGCUAGUUCGAUUUAUAAUCGCCAACGGCCACUGGGUCACUUGCUUUGACGAGACUCAUGUUGCUACAGUCGUUCUCGAAGACUGAAGCCUUUACGGAACAGAUAAUUAAAGGGUUUCCUUGUGUUGCGUUUUUCUCUCGUCUGCCAGUUCUCAAGCAUGCCGGACCCCUCGGCGUCGACAACAGAACAGUCUCCUUUGCUUUCUCGACGGACUUCUUUGUCCUCAAAUGCAUCAACAGCCUCGAAAUCUGUUGGCGAUCAGUCAAGCGCACAGUUAGAAUCCAAUGAUGAGCCAGCGCCUGUAAUAUCGACCGUGAGAGGGACUGUGGUUAUUGCAUCAAUUGGAUUGCUUAUUUUCCUGGAAGCGACCAACAUCAGUAUCCUCACCACCACACAGUCAGCAAUCGCAGCAGACCUCGAUGCGUUCGAACAAGUCAGUUGGCUGACUUCUUCGUACUUGAUUGCGAUGUCGAGCAUAUCUCCGCUAUCUGGGCGGCUUUGUCAACUUUUCUCCCCUCGAAUUUGUAUCUUUGUGUCCACCAUGAUUGUCUGCAUAGGAUCAAUUAUUACCUCGCUAUCAUCUACCCUUGCAGUUUUUCUUUUUGGUCGUGCUGUUACUGGCGCUGGCGCAGCUGGCAUCCUCGUUGUGGCGACUAUCAUCGCUAUCCAAUUAGCUAGUGACAAACAGCGAGGCCUUUAUAUUGGCCUUAUCAAUUCAGGUAUGACGAUUGGUGUGUCUCUCGGGGCAGUCAUCGCUGGAGCAGUAGAGCCUAAGUAUGGCUGGAACGUCCUCUUUGGCGCGCAGGCGCCACUGAGUCUCGUCGUUGGAAUUUGCCUCCUUUUCGGCAUUCCGAAGAGGUUCGUGUCUGGCGAGAGAGCUUACACAGACCUACCUUUGCGGAUGAAACUGAGACGAGUCGAUUACUUCGGCGCUUUGGCUCUUACGUCAACCAUCGUGCUUUUUCUUCUCGGCCUCUCCGGACCUCGUGUCCUCCCACUUCCAAUGAUCCUUGCAGUUAUCAUAUUUCCAUUCUUCGUUAUUAACGAAGCCCGUUACGCCGCAGAUCCGAUCAUUCCCAUGGCUGUCCUUCGAUCCCGAGGGACUCUCCUCACGUGUUUGGCUACAGUGGGCUUCAUGAUGGCACGCUGGAGUAUACUAUUCUACACCCCAGUCUACGCCCUAGCAAUCCGCGGCUGGUCACCUGCUGUUGCUGGAUCCAUCUUGAUUCCGACGAAUGCUGGAUUCGCCACCGGCGGACUCCUAGCGGGCUUGCUGCACAUUCGAAGAGCGGGGAGCUUCUACGUGCCUAGCCUAGUGACCAUGGGGCUCUUCCCCGUCACCUUACUGCUACUCGCCCUAUUUAGCAUACCAGAGGUGCCGACUGCGGCGUACAUUGUCCUCGUCUUCCUUAACGGGUUUGUAACCGGAGGGGCUCUGAACUAUACCUUAGUACAUGCUCUGCACCUUACACUGCCCUCGGUUCACCCCAUAGUUCUAUCGCUCGUUGCUACAUUCCGUGGGUUCGCUGGAUCUUUUGGCUCUGCUAUUGGUGGGGGAUUAUUCACUCGGAUCUUACACACAACGCUAGCAAAGGGGUUCGCGGAUGUAGGACUGAAGCAUCGUGAAGGCUUAGUGAGGAGGCUGAUGGGAAGCCCUGCCAUAGUGAGGGGUCUAGAAGGCGUUGAACAGGAGGUUGCGAUCAGUGCGUACGUCACAGCAGUACGUGCGUUGUUCUUCGCAGCAAUGGGGCUGGCAUGUUGCGUGGUGUUUAUCCAGGCCGGAACUGGAUGGAAGGAGGCAGUUGAUCCAAACCGUAAGGUCGUGGAGAACUACGAAGUAGACGAAGAAGAAGUCGAGGAGGAAGAAGCUCUGCUUGGGGGUGCCUAGACGUCACGUAUAAUAUGUAUGAUCGAAUU